UUUGGAGUGUGUUUAUUUAGUGUAUAUUUAAAUACUCCCAAAAUCUUAGAUUUUUCCGUUUUACUGUAAACAAGUUAUUCAGUUUCAAAAAUCGCAAAAAUUAGCAAAGUGGCAAUUUUCUUUUUCAAAAUUUUUAUAUAAAUAAAGAGAAAAAUUAAAAAGUACAAAGAAAAUCUAAAAGUUAAUAGCAAUGACUUGAUAUUUGCACACCAAUAGUGAAUAAUUAAAAUUUAGAAACAAAUAUAAGAAUUUAAAAGAAGGUCAAAAAUCAAAGGAAACAUGUUUUCGGCGGUGACAUCGUUUUUUGCUAAUCUAUUUUAUAAAAAUCAUGAUCCACCAAUGGAUAUGGCGGAUAUUGAUAAAAUUUUAAGUGAUCUCGAGAGAGAAAAUAUUGAAACAUCAUCGCAGGUGGAAGAAAUUUUAUAUCAAAAUGAAGAAAGUUGCUUUUAUGCAUCAGGAAUAGUAUCAGCAGUACGAGAUGAUUAUGUUUUAAUAGAUAAUAAAUAUUUAUGUGAUAUAAAUCGAGUUGAUUUUCAAGUUAAAAUUGGUGAUAAAAUUCGUUAUUUUGCUUAUCAAUUAGAUAAAAAUAAGGAACUAAAGAUACAUAAAAUUAUGCAUCACGAUAAUUUAUCCUGGGAUGAGGAGAAUAAUGAGGAUAAUAUGGAAAUUAUAAAGAAAUCAGAGCCAAUUGUUAAAGGACAAAUAAUGAAUAGAACACUAGUUGGCAAAAUAAUGAGACGUGAAGGAAGGAAAAUAUAUUCCUUGUGACAACCCUGACAAUUAAAAAUCGAAUAUAUCUCUUUGAAAAUAAUAAAAAAAAAAAAAAAAUCUU